AAUCCAUGAGUUACUUAAGGUUGACGCAAGCCCGUUUCGGGAGUUUACCAAAGUCUUGGGUCUUCUUCCUACUGACUAACUAAUCAAUGCUGUACUUCUCACCUGGUCAACCAAAAAGUAUAUCGACUCUGCUGACGAAGGGGGCUGCAUGUCUGAGAUAGCCUUACGCCAAACGAUGCAGAGGCGUUUGACUUGACCGUGUAUUUUGCAUUGGAUAGCAUCCAAUGAAUGGCAUGAUUAUAGGACAAGCCUCCCUCCCUGAUCAAACUUAUCGUCUGCCUUUUAAGUCCUCAUGUCCCCCUGAGCCGCUUCUUCCUUGUCCUAUACUUCAACAUUCAUAUUAUUUCUUCGGUUACGAUAUUCUCGACUCUAUUGGUCCGGCAGUCAACAUCGGAACAUUAUCACGACAAUCUGGUGCAACAUAAACGAAUAUCGAUAGACAAAAAAAAAUAAUAACACCCUGUCACAAUAAAUAGCCUCCGUCGAUCAUCUCGAAACUCCACAUCAGCGACCAUGUUCGAGGUUCAACAUAACCACCACGGACAAGAGUUCAAGCGCUUCUUUCACCAUGGUCGAAGCUCAAUGUCUGCCAUUGAGGACAGGAGGGCAGAAGAGUUUAGGAGACAUGUCUGGGCGGUUACUAUGAUUGAUGAGGAUCCAUUGGCGGGGAGUGGGAAGACGAAGAAGAACCGCCAAUCGAUUGACCUUGUGUGAGUAAAAGAGUUUCUUUUAUUAUUAUUCGUCACCUGUUUUACAGUCAGCUAUACUCAACAUCCCAUUCCUAUACCACGCAACAACAUAAUGCAUUGUCUGUUUUAUAAGCCCCUUCUUUUGUAUUCUUCUCCCUCUCUUCACCCCUUGGAAAGUUCCAAAGUCAAGCCCAUGGAAGACAUCCGGAGAAAAGAACAAGAACGCCUCAUCUCGUCCAACCCCUAAACCUGGCGUCCUAGUGUCUUGGUCUUGGUGUUGGCCGCAUGCGACUCCCGCUCUAGCGCAUUCAGCUCCAACGAGGCUCUCACAUCUCGAUGUUUUUUUUAAAUUACAUGUCCACAUUUUCCCCUGCGUGGCGCUUCAAGCUCCCUGUCUACCGCAAAGGCACAGCCGAAAACGUCUUUCUGCCUACGUCAGAUCUUUAUCCUAAGAGGCCAAUUAUGCCUAGUCUAGGCAUUUGCGUGUACCAUGGGGAAGUGGUGUGAUUCUAGGACUUUUUUUUCCCUUCCUUAGCACCCAUGUUGAAUCAUAUACUUGCGGUUUCCGUUGACUCGCGGAGGUUGUUGGUCGUUGCUUUCGAACACAUGUUUUUCUAAUACUAAUAACUUAAUUCCUGGUAUAGCCGUCCUGGUUCAAACAAACUGAGAUCCAAGAGAGCUUCCGCAUAUGCUGGAUCACCGCCAGUAACAAAGCCCAAUGGCAAGCAGCACAAGAACCAGCUCAAGCUUGACACUCCUGCAACUAUGAAGGACCCUACGAUUACUGUCCGGCCAGUUCACCCGUCGUCUUUUGGCUCACCAAAAGAUCUGUCUUCAGUUCAAGAAAACGCUAUCAACGCUUUCCUUGCAAACACUGAGUCUCCAAGGAGCAAACAAGACAACUUUGCUCCAACAGCGUAUCCUCGACCUACAUAUGCUGUUCUCGAAACUCCCCUGGCAGAUCCUACAAGUGCGAGGCCAAAUGCCGCCCUUAACCGUCCUCGAAAACUUUCCAACAACUCAGUUACGACUGCAUCGUCCUUUCAAUCUCGAGAAAGCAUCAUCUCAGCAAGACGGACCCCUUCUUGGGGAAGUAGAACGAGUAUGGAAACGAACGAAUCGACAUCUCAAUGGCGACCUGAGUAUAUGUAUCAACGGCCAAUGCCCAUCAAGAAACUGGCUUCUUCACGAGCUCCCCUUCAACCGAAUGAGCUCUUUGCCAGAUUGCCCUCAGAGAUCCUCUCAAAUAUCCUGGAGCAAUUAAGAGACAUUCACCUGGAGGAUAAAAGCGGGAGCUGUGCAACUUGUUGGAUGCGAGAUGCUUGUAACAUCGCAGUGGCUUGCCGCAAGUGGUACAGGCCCGCUCAAAUAGCACUAUACCAAAAUAUCCAACUCGUGGGUCCAGACUCAGCAACUCUCAAGAAGAAAUUCAAGAUGACACAGGGCGUCCGUGUCCUGAUGCUUCGGCGCAUACUCCGCUCUAAUCCUCACAUCGCCGGAAUCGUCCGCGCACUUAAAGUUCCGGCCCCUGAAUUUGUCGCCAAAGGCUCCGGAACUGCCGAGUAUGAGGAUCUUGUUGCGACGCUCGUCAUGGCGUGCCCCAAUCUCGAGAGUCUCACUGGUUUGUCGGUUCCGUACGACCACUCCUUCAAGAAGAUCUUCCAUGCGUUAUCAACAAGACCUAUGUUAAGAGAAAUGAACUGGCUUGUACAAGCUUCACCCCAUCAGAGACAACAGAGAAUCCAAUCGAGUACUCAGCAGCUUGGUUUGGUAAUGCCUGGAGAGCUCAAGCCCUUCCAGGAAGCUGCCUUUUUGGCAUAUCAUGAUAAUUGGUCUCGCCUGGAAACCUUUACUGUGCAUUGUCUCCCAGGAGCUACCGUCACGCCCGAGAACCUUCUCACAUCAACACUCAAGCGUCUUCCGAACCUCAAACAUCUUCAUCUCUGUAACCUACCGCCCAAUAGCUUCGACGACUCAACUCUCCUCGCUUUGCCGCCUCUACACUCCUUGACGUUGUCUCACAUCAGCGGUAUAACCUCGAGCGGGCUAUCAUCAUUCGCAACGCAGUCCUCCAGCCUUCCUCUGCGUAGGCUUACUCUUCGACACACACCUCUCACGUCUCUCGCUGCUCUAGCGCGCAUCUUGUCUAAUUUGAGAAACUUGCUCAACUUUUCUCUGGUUCAGACUUUCCCACCCGUCAUGCCGGAAAACGAUAGCUUCGCACUCUGGAUGAUGCCAUAUCUUGCAAACAACAGUGUGCAGUGUCUCCACUGGGAUAUCACCAGCCAUGCUACCUGCGUCAAUGCAGCGGAUGAUAUUCUCGCUCGCAGUAUCUCUGCAGGAGGAUUUCCAGCUUUGAAGACACUUCGAGCACUUAACGACCCAGACGGCAUCUUUCAGGAUCUGUGCUACCCCGUCGAGAGAAUUGAUCUUCCUUCUGAUCGAUUCCGAACCUCUGAGCAACCAGAGAGCUCAUCACCUUUUGCAUUUCCUCCGAGCUCGGCAAGCCCUAUGUCUCCCACACGCCUGUUCAAAUCUAACAACUCACCUCUCGCUUCUCCACGGACCCCGAUAUCUCCAUUUGGCGACACACGCCGCCCUUACACAAGCCUUCAUACCGCACGGCUUGCCGCCCAAACCCGUCUCGAAGCAGCACGUUCCCGGCCAAAAUUCACCGUUAAUGUAGUAGAUGAGGACGGAACUAUCACUGAGACUUUCUCCAUGGCUGGAUUCAUUGGUACGGCUGGAAGCCCUAUCAAGUACCACCUUCUUCCUGACCGGGGUACUACAGACGAAAAAGGCGGUCUUAUUGAUGUGAGAGAUUUAGAUAGCGAUGCUGGUGAGAGUCUCAUCGGUGGGAGGGAAGGAUGCACUGGACGCUGGAAUAUGCGUGAUGGCAUCGUGGCGGAUAAGAAGGAGAAAGAAAGAUGGUGGCAUACAGAGAGAGGUCGGUGGACCAAAGUCACUCUCUGAGGGUUCUCACCUGAAAAUAUACCAUAAUUCUUGGGGAGAUAAUAGUAUGGUUACGAUUUACGGCCGGCACGUAUAUGGAACUGGAACGGCAUGGCACGAUGUAUAUCUGGAAAGUCCCAAGGUUCAGGGAUAUCAUUACAUGGCGUUCUCGCUUAGAUUGGUAAACAAGACUGGGCUCAUAAUAUAGGCACAUAUCAAAAACAUAUGAAUAAAAAAAAGAGAAUGCCAAAUGACAUUCAGCCAUUGUGCAAAAUUCACAUA